ACUAAGGGCUGCUCCAGCCAGAGAGAGCAAACCAGGUCACCUUGGAUAAAGAGCUGCUCUCAGGAGGACUUGUCACCCCCACACGCAUACAGACUACCUCCCAGGCUCUGAAUUAAACGUCUUCUCCGCAAGAUGGAGAAGAUGGUGCUGAAGAUAUUGCUAAUGUGUGCCCUUGGGUUGAACCACUGGACGUGUACAGGUUUCCCAGUGUAUAGUUAUAACCAGUCCUCCCUGAAGGAAGCUCUCAGUGCCUCUGUGGCAAAAGUGAACGCUCAGUCCUUGAGCCCGUAUCUAUUCCGGGCGUUCAGAAGCUCCAUCAAAAGGGUCAAUAUCCUGGAAGAGGAAAACUUGAGCAUGGACAUACAAUUCAGCAUUCGGGAGACGACAUGCAGGAGGGAUUCUGGGGAAGAUCCUGCUACCUGUGACUUCCAAAGGGGCUACUAUGUGCCAGCAGCCGUUUGCAGAAGCACCGUCUGGGUGUCUGCCGAGGAGGUGCAGGACGCAUGGGUUCACUGCCGCUGGUCCGUCAGCUCCGAGUCUAGCAGCAGCGAAGAGAUGAUUUUUGGGGAUACAUGGAGAAACAAUUACCGACUUGGUCUCAUUCCUGACAAACCCAGACGUGAACAAUUUCAUGAACCGCCACUUGAGACCAUGACAAGGGUCUUUGCUCCUGGAAGGAGAAGGUACCAAAUGCCAUGGCACAGAGCGAGGAUAACUACUGCCCUUGAGUAACAGCCUUCAGGUGUCUCCCACACAUUUUCUUUGUUCAAGGAGCUGGAUGCUUUGCCUAGUUGCUCUAGUCUCUGGUGCCAUCUUGGAUUCCUUAUUGAAUAGCCCCAGAAACCUGCAUCCUGUGCCUCCAUGGUAAGAAUGUGAAAUGCACACAACAGCGUCUAAUCCCCUCUUCCUUCUCU